ACAACUUUCAGAAUUUAGACAUACAAUUACUACUAUCUAUAUGUUUAUAUGGCAAAGAAACGACCAGAAAAACCAGGAAGCUAACAGUAAAAGGAAACCCCGUAUCGAUUUGCAGCGCCAGGUGAGAAACCCAUAUCUCUCUAAAGCCCUAGUUUCUUCCUAUUCUUGCUCGCUCAAAACACUAUUUGCCAACGCUUCGUUUUUUCUUGAUCGUUCUUGAUUUGCAAAUUUUGAAAUCUCAGUACCGUUUGGGUUUCCAUUAUUGUACAUAGAACUUUCUCUUGAUUUCGAUGAAAUUGAUUAGUUUCUAGUUUUGAUUGUCGGGGUUUUUUCCUGUUUAGAUGGUUCAAUGUGUAAAUUUUAGCAGUUUGGGGGUUUAUUCUGAUCUGGGUCUCUUGAAAUUGGUGUGAUUUGAGUUGGUUUUUUGCAUUUUCUAAUAAAGUUUGGUUUUAAGAAACCCAAGAGUUGAAUGCAGCUGUUGUUGAGUGGAAAUUUUUUGAUAUGGUAUUUUCAUUUUUGAGAGUUCAAAGAACUCAGCUUCAAGUCAGGAAGAGAUAAAAAUAUUCUAAAGAGACAAGGUUAUAGGUUGUUACAGAUGGGGAAGCCAUUGUUUUAUGAGAUCUUGGAAAAACCAGCUACGAGUUGUAUAAUAGGGAUUUGCAGUGCCAUUUGGUUUUAUAUACAGAAGAAAAAUAUUGGGUACUCACAUGUGGGCUUAAGUUAUGAAACUGCCAUUGAAGGGCAUCAUUGGAGGAUAAUCACUUCAGCUUUUUCUCACAUUAGUGUUAUUCAUCUUGUUUUCAAUAUGAGUGCAUUGUGGAGUCUUGGGAUAGUAGAACAAUUGGGGCAUAUGGGCCUUGGCAUGGCAUAUUAUCUUCAUUAUACUCUUGUGCUAGUCGUGUUAUCUGGGCUGUUAGUAUUGGGAAUGUACCAUAUAUUGAUACAAAGAUUCAAGGUAGACUACUUUCGAAGAGUCACAGCUGUUGGGUAUUCUUGUGUGGUUUUCGGAUGGAUGACGAUUCUUUCCGUGAAGCAACCCUCCUCAAAGUUGAAUCUUUUUGGGUUUCUUUCGCUGCCCAUCAGUUUUGCACCUUUUGAAUCAUUAAUUUUUACAUCAAUUAUUGUUCCACAAGCAAGUUUUCUAGGUCAUUUGUCAGGAAUUAUUGUUGGGUAUGCUAUUGCUUGGGGUUUGAUUCAUGGGAUGAACAAUUUCUGGGCAAUCUCAAUGUUGGGAUGGAUUGUGGUCAUUUUUGUGUUCAGUUUGAAGCGCUCUGGUGCUUAUGAUUUUAACUUUCUUGAGAUUGAAUCUGUUACUGAUCCAUCACUGCCUUCUGUACGGUUUCUUGGGAGUGGUAGAACCUUGCAGAUGAGUGCAUUACCACUUGAAGGUGUUGAAGUUGCUUAAUGUCUGAUAAACGUUUUAUCUUCGCGAAGAAUCCUUAGAGCAAGUUGUUGUCAAAAGCGAUUUGUGAGGUUACAAGUAAUCAUCCUCACCCUGUGGUUUGUUUAUUGUACUGCAGAUUUUUUUUUUUUUUACUCCUUCCCGAAUUCCUUUGUCUUUUGGAUCUCAUUGUCUCCAUUUUUGAAUACCUAGUAUAUUGUUGAAACAAAUUUCCAGAAAUCAUAUAAAUGAAUUUCACAAAAGAAAUGCAUUCUGCUCUUGGUCUUUUCAUA